AUGCCUCCAUACAACUUGUCUGGGAAAUACGCAGUACUGACGGGCGGGGGAUCAGGUAUAACUCUGCAUUUUAUCCACCUUCUCCUUGCCAGUGGCACCUCUGUCAUCGUCGGCGACCUGAGGCUCCGCCCAGAAGCAGAGGAGCUUGCCGCUCAACAUCCUCACCCUCCUCAAGAACCCAACAAUGCCUCCUUCGUCUUCCACAAGACCGACGUCACAUCCUGGCCGCAGCUCUCAUCCCUCUGGAACACCGCACUGGCCACCUUUCCGCAGGUCGACCUGGUGGUUCCCGGCGCGGGCAUCCUUGAACCCAGCUGGAGCUCGCUGUGGUAUCCGCCAGGCGUCGAGGGGCCGCCUUCCACCGACGCGCCCGACGCGGAGCCGGGCACCUACGCCACCCUCAACGUCAACCUCGUCCACCCCAUCCGGCUUGCGCAGCUGGCAGUGGCAUACUGGACUCGCAGCAAAAUAAAAGGCAACAUGCUCCUCCUGGGCAGCGUCGCCGGGUAUACGAGCACAAUCCACGUUCCACUGUACCAUGUCGCCAAGGCAGGCCUUCACAGCUUUGUAAAGUCCCUCGCGCCGAUGAACGCACGGAUGGGGAUCCGCGUGGCCUGUGUCGCGCCCGGCCCUGUGCGGACACCCCUCUGGGAGUCCGGCCUCUCACUGGCCAAGCUUGGCCAUUACGACCCAGCGCUAAAGCCGGAGUUUGUCGCUGAGCUGAUGCUGGAGGUUUGCACGUCUGAGAAGUACGGCCACGGCAAUAUUGUCGAGUGCCUCGAGUCCGGCACCCUCGAGAAGCCGAAUCCGACGUUCCGCGAGGUCCCCUGUCAUCUCCUAUACCCAUCCUUUGACCCGGCCCUCUCGCCGACGUUGGCUGUGGAGGAGGAGCAUUUGUGGAAGAGGCUGGAAACUUCAGGCUUCAAGGCUUAA